CCCUCUCGCGCAUCUUCGUGGAAGUAGACUCAAAUUUCCAAGGCAAUUGCGGGGUGAUCUCCUCGCUGCCAUAGCUGCCAAGACGUCUAGCUUGGGGACCCUGCUCAGCUUUGUUGUCACCCUCACCCACACCGCGCUGAAUUUGCAGGCAUUCAGAAGGGGCUUCGGAUGCGAAGCGACGAAAAACGGUGCGGGCCGGCCGAACGAGCACACUCCCGAACUGGAGGUGCGCUUCGGGCGAUUCGACGUUGAAGUCGUCAUCACCAAGGCCUGUGAACUGUUCCCCAUCCGUGAUGUUCAAUAUCUCUCGUCUCUGGGACGUCAUUGUCCAAUGAGUCGUGGCUCGCGCUCCUCGAGAGCACGCGGAAAGUCACGGAGCUCAGUGUCAUGGAUGGCGCGAACGAUGACCCUCUCCCGGAAGUGCUUAUCGAUCGGCACCGCGGAAGCAAGAAGAACGCAUACGUACUGCCCCAGCUCCGUCACCUCAUUCUGGAGGACUGUUACUUCGGAGACCACAGCGACGAGUGCGGAUCCGAUGGUGAAGAAGAGUUGGAGGACGAGGACAGGCUCGCUGGGCGUCUGCUCGACUGCUUCAUGGCGCGGUACGAGUAUGGCGUGGAGAUCGAGCAGCUGCACAUCAUCCGCCCUAUCAACAUUUUUUGCACAGAGGUCGACGAGCUGAAGGAGGUCGUGCGCUACGUGGACUGGGAUGAGACAAUAGAGUAUGAUGAAAAGGAACGCUUCACGGACGAUUCGUACGACGACUUUGAGGAAAGCGAGAUUGAUCCCUAUGAAGACAAUCCCUUUGGGGCCUACUGGAGCUUUUCGUUGAUCAGAAUGUUACAUAUAGCACGUAUUCUGACUAUCCGUUGC